AGCCACUCUCACAUAGCACUCACCUGCUAUAAUCACCAAUGGCCCCACGCUUCAACGUCGAGAACAUGCCUCCCACCCGUGUCCCCCUUGCCCCCGUCUCGCGCUCCACGCGCAAGCUCAAGUCGUCCCACUCCAACCCCUUCAUCUCAUCCAUCAAGGUCAAGCACAACGGCAUCCACGCAGCCCGCCGGCGCUCGCGCCCCGUUCGUCCGACGUGCCCCAAGCAGACCCCCGUCUCCCACACCCAGUGCAUCGAUGUUGAGAUGCGGGAUGGGAGUCAGUCUGCAGGCGCGGGUCCAUCGACCCACCACGUCAAGCUCCCCCGCACGCUCAUCCGCCCCGACUUCAAUGCGAUUUCGCGGGAUGCGAUCGAAGCUGUUGCCUGCCACCUCGCGGAUGUACCCGUCGGUGGCGAAGAUCCGCCCGCGCUAGUAAUAGGCCUACUGUUUACUCGCUCGCCGUCGCCUCGUCCUCGGCUAUGCUCAAUAGCCUACCCAGUCUUGUCCAUGUUUUCUUUGUCCUCUCGUCUCUGA